CCACUGUUUAAUUCCCCCGUCUCAUAAGAAGCCGUAUAAAUGGACCGAAAUGGCGGUAAUACGCUCCCGGUUUGGGUUAGGGUACGGAUGGCGGUUACUCGAGCUGGGGGGGGGGGGGGGGUGUUAAACUGCAGCACCAGUGAUACGAGCCUGUGCAUAAAGUGCAUGGCUUUGGGAGUGUUCACCUGUAAACCUCCUCAGCCGGGGUAAUGAGAGACGGGCUCCUUUUUGUUUCGGCGAAACGGAUACGGCUGCAGGAGCCCAGAAGCGCUGACUUCUCCCUCUGUCUGCAGCUGAUCCUUUAUCCCCUAACAGCUCUGAAUCACGUACAGACGCCCAUUAUAUGCAGUGUAUUUAUGCGGUCUCAAUCAUAACAGCCUUUUAAUUCACUGUGGAGUGGUUUAGAGUUUCAAUAGAUUAAUACAAUAGAUAUUACUAACAAUGCUGCUGCUACUACUACUACUACUACUACUCCUAGUGAUAAUAAUAGUCUUGUUAUUAUCAUUACUACUGUUGUGCGGGCUUGUUCGUCCUUCAUGCAGGGCUCUUCACAAUCUGCAAAUUCAGUGUAAUUCUCAGUGACCUUGAGAGGCGGAGUUUCUGUGUGACUGAGUGGCAUUCAAUUCCAGGAAAGAUAAGAUUCCACGGUACAGAACGGAAUCUGACCAGCAGAAAAAAAACGAAAAAAAAAAACUACCAGCUUGUGACUUUGGUCUGAGGCUGUGAGCCGAGCAACCAGGAGGACUGAGAGAAGGGUGCGAUCGCCCUCUGGGAAGCCGAGUGGGGGCGUCACUGGGCGUCGCAGCCCGAUCUGGAGACCAACAGCGAAUCAGAAAUGAAGCACUGACUGAGGUCACGGGCUGUUAGUGGCUCAUUAAUCACCGGUGUACAAGCGUAAAACUAGCGUUGCGCUAACUGCUGUAAAAUGUUGAGGAUGGACCCCCCUCCCAACAGAAGAGAGAAGAAAAAUCAUGUACAUAUAUUGCAGACACACACACACGCUCACACACACAAACACACACACACACACACACACACACACAGGAAUGUAAACACGGAUGCGUAUCUUUUUUCCAACAAAAAAAAGGGAAACAAGCUAAUUUAGAGAAAGUGAAUAGCACUUUCUGAGAUGAGGGAGAUGUAAUUUAUUGGACCUUGAAAUGGGUAUCCAGGGUAGUUUCACCAGAGCACAGGCUCAUGUCCUGCAUACAUAAUGGUGUCUCAGGGAUUGUUUCAUAGCAGCACUGUGCUGAGUCUUUAUUGGAGACCAGAUACAGCACACUGUUCUUUUCUUUCAGGAAGUAUAGUUGCAAAGCUGGCUUUACAUGUUACCAAUUAACUGACAGGUAUUUGGACAUGCCCCAGUGCCACAGCGUUGCUUAUCUACAGGGUUGUGACCUCUGCUGAUGCCACCUCCUGGCUUUAAGCACAACUUCCUUCCAUUUACCUCACAGUUGCUGGUCUUUUGAAUUAAAGUUCUGUAGCUGUUCACUUCACACCUUUCAUUUCGCUGUAUUACCCAUUGAAAGUCUAUAGUAGUAACCCAGCGUGUGCAAUGCUGUGCCUUUGUUUGGUAGCUGGCAGUGGGAAUUAAUCAGCUUCCAUUAAGCUCAGACAAGAGGGCGGAAGGAUUUGGGGGCCCAUGCGGGGGGAUGCCUGUUAGAUCCAAAAUGGACGUACCGGGGCUUGGGGAGGGUAGGAUUCAGGGCAAAUGUCAGUGUUGUUUCUGAGCCAAAUUGGACGCAAGUUUAGGCAAUUGAGGGAAGAUUUCAAGACCCGAAACUGAUAUUGAUUAAGACAGGAAAAGGAAGGGAUUUAUGGUCUACACAGGGGUGUGUGAGGUGAGAGCCAGAAAGUUGCCGAGGUAUGUGAUCAAGUUCUUGCUUAGGUUGCUUAAUGGCAUUUUCAUCUUUUAUUGAGUGCAUCUGUUUAUUGAUUAGUUGCUUUGGGACGUAUCUUUAAGAACCCGGCUCCAUGCAUCUUGUUCUUCUUGUUUGUUUGUACAUUACGCAAGCGCUAGCUUACUUAGCCACAUUUUGAUACGUAUCUAUGCCAAGUUAGAAAAUUAAUUGUCUCAGGACCGCGAGCCAUGUACAGUUGAACCAUUGAGCAAUACCUGAUACCUUUAUCAGCAUAAACAACCAAAAUAUUUUGACACGACACAAAGCCUUUUCAGUGAUUGCCAUCAUCAGCAUUGUAGUAACGAUUCAAAAUAAUAGAAAAUAUAGACUAAAAAGACACAAAAUAUAGACUAUCAAAUGAAACCGAUCUCAACUCACCUUCACAUUUCAAAAAGUAGUCUAAAUGAAAGCUGAGGUAGCGUUUUCCAGCCAGCAUUUCAUUAUAUCGCAACAGUUGUCAUUCCUUUCAUCUCUGCAUUUCAGUGCGAGGUUCGAGCGGAUGGCUAUGUCAUGGCAGUCACUCCUGCUUUUAGCCAUAUGGUCCUAGCAUUUAUAUCCAAGGCUAGCUUUGCGGCUAUCAUAGUAGAUAACUUUAAUUAGCGAUCCAUUUUUGAAUGUGUAUUUUAAAGCGAUAGCAAACAGCCUUAAAAGGACUCAUUACGUAUUUUGCCUAUUUUUGUAAUGUAACGAGACUGGACAGCAACGUUUUAUCAUGAAACUACCAAGUUUUAGAAAGUCAUCUGUUAGCAUCUCUGAGAAUUUUCCUGAAUUUUUCCUCUCAUCUCUCUGCAGUAGCUUGCAUCUCUGCAAGCAAAGACUGGGCAAAAACAGUAUUGUGUUUUUUGAAGGUUAAAACUUCAAAAUCCAUACUUUCACAUCCAUAUAUAGCCUUCAAGAAGCACUGGUCUUUACAUUUAAAAAAGGAAAUUGUGAUUUUGGCCCUCCACCAACUUUAAAGAAAUACAUAAAUACAUUAUCUCAUGAUACACUACAGUCAUGUGCAGAAUAUGCGUACAGUCACAACUUAAGAGCCCCAAGGGAAGUUAAGUAAUGGCAGUUGGAAACAAUUAGAAGGAUAGCCAUCAUGCUUAAGAUGAGACAUGUGACCUCAGAGGCAAAAACUCCCCAUUAUAUGUUCUCUGCUGCGAACCGACUGUCUUCCACCAUCUUGAAUGUGCAUGUGGGCUUCAGAAAGACAUCCUGUGCAGCCAAAGAACCUCCAUCUUGGUUAAUGCUUCCAAGUAACUGCUCCUUUAUUAUGCAGUAAUGGACUGAGACUGAGGUUAACAGUCAUCUUCGCCAUCAGUUUAUGCGCGACUUUGGCAGCCUGACAAGAUGGCCGAAGCAGCAUAUUUCAGACUAAGGGAAGGUGGAAGAAGAGGGGAGCAGGCACAGUGCCACCUCAAUCUCUUUACAUGUAACCAAUUUUGUAUAGUGGGUGUAAUGCAAAGAUAUCCCUUGGAGGAACUGGCAGACGACCGAAGCCCAUUUUCCGAGUGCGGCCUCUUUCUAGUCGGAUCCCAUUACUGCCCUGUCUCUGCGGUAGGCGGUUGUCUCCUGGGUGCUAGUCUUGCGCUCCUCUCGGUCAUCCCUGUCCGUGCGUCGCAUGGUAUGCCACUCAACAUGGUAGGACUAAUAUGAGCACUGAUCUGCACGUAAUUGAACGCGUUUAAAAUCUGGUUUAUGUCCAGUUUGCCGUUUAGGGCGUCUGCGGUGCUGGUGUUCCUGUGCGCACGGCGGUCCUGGCGGCGGCUUAGCGGUAGCGGUGGUGUUAACGUUUCGCAGUGUGCUCAUCUAACUACUGCAAUUUUAAAAUUUAGUCAUUUAACUGACACUUUUAGCCAAGGGUACUUAUCAAAUGCAUUUAACAUGAUGCGGCCAGGCCUGCUGCUCUCGGCGCUAAUGCUGUUAGCUUGGUAUCGUCUCUGCUCUUUGCCUAACCUUUGCAUAGAUUAAUGAGUGACUGCGACGUGGUGAUGUUGGUCACUGUCCGUUAGGUGUGAUGGAUGCUCUGCUCCUAAGGAUAUAGGGAGUGAAAGGGGUGGUGUCGCACAGACUUGGUGCUAGUGGACCGGGCAGUGAGCUCUGAGGGCUGAGAUGGAGUCUGCAAGCACUGGAAACAUAGAGCGUAGGGGGUUACACCAGACCCAUCACCUUGGGACUUCACCAGUCCUUAGAAUUACUGAGGAUUGGAGUGCAUUUGUACGGUUAUGUUUUGGUGAUUAGACCGAACAGUGUGUUGCUGCUCAUUUUCAGGAUUGAUUGCAUUUAACAAAAGGGAAAUGCAAUAGCCUAUUUUGAGCCACAAUGGAGUCCCCACUAUUGAGCUGCAUGAGAGUGCUCGACCAAGACGGUCAUUAACUGUGAUUUAUUGUACCUAUUGUCUUGUUUGUGGACUGUUUGGAUAAUUAUCCAUAUGCAGCUUUUACUCUUUUAAUCAGCCAGUUCAUUUGUAAGGAUAUAUUUUGCUGCGCUUUCUUUGUGCACUCGACAGCUAUUAAGUUAUGUUUUCUGCAGUUUCAACAGGCACUGCUGCCAUGUUGCUAAAUCGGUAAAUAGAGAAAUAUCUUCACUUUGUGUUGUUAUUACUCUGCUUUUGGUUUGUCUAAAUGCCCAAUAGUUUAUUGAAAACACAAACCGUUAAACCAGAGUCCCUAGUGAAACCGCCAUGUUGCUAAAUCAGUAAAUAGAUAAAUAUCUUCACUUUGUGCUGUUUUUUUUUACUUUGCUUUGGUUUGUCUAAAUGCCCAAUAGUUUAUUGAACAUAUAGUUUAUUCUCUUUUCUUUGUGUGUUUACUGCCACUGCAGUAAUGCACCACGUACACACGUACAGAUAGGCCUUAUUCAAUUCACUUUUGCCCUCUUAGGACAUUGCGACCCUUCUGCAGGCACACGGCAAGCCACCUGCACCUUCCGCUGUUCUUCUUAAAGGACAGCUUGACAUUUUAUCAGCGUUUGUUCCUCCAUCUAAGAUGUUAAGACCUUUUUUUUUUUUCUUUUCAUUGUAGUGCAAAGCUGUGCCUGAAGACAAGGCCCAGCCCCACUAAUAAGGAAGCUGGCAGGGCAGUAACCUGCGGUUUUGGUAUGGGGAGGAGGAGGUCAGUUCUGACCAUCUGGAUACUGACUUCCCCGACAUCGACCUCUCUCAGCUGUACGCCAGUGAUUUUGAUUCCGUCAACUGUCUCAGCGAGCUCCCCUGGUGCAAUGACCAGUCAGACGCCUCCCCUGCCUCCAUCCAGUACAGCACAGGAGACCCUGAGUUCUUAGAGAUAGAAGAGGAAGAAAAUGCAGCACUGCUGGCUGCACUUACAGACAGCCUGGACGAGAUGGUGGAGGACGAGGUGGGGGGUCUGUCUGUGUUCCCCUCGCUGGGGGAGGGUCCUGAUGAUGAGGAUGAGGAGGAGAAUGAGGAGGAGGAGGAGGAGGAAGACCUCCCCCUGGGAAGUGAGCUCUUUCCAGGGUCCCUCAGUCCAGAGACAGAAGACCCGUCUCUACUGAAAAAGCUCCUGCUGUCCCCCCCAAACGUGCCUGUGAGCAUUGAAAUGCACAAAGAGGGCGGCACGCAUCGCCAUAGCAACAGGAGCCAGUACCUUAAGCCGCUGAGACCUUUGGUUAAGUGCGAGCGCACGCAGGAGCGCAAGCCCCGCGCGGUCAGGCCGGCGGGCCGCCCCUGCACAGAGCUCCACCGUCACCUGACCACCACGGCGGACGCCGAGGACACGCCCCCCGCCGACACCGAGGACGAGAGCGACUCGGAGGAGGACGACGACGAGGAGGAGGAGGAAGAGGAAGGGGAUGAGUCGGCCAGCGAGGACGAGAGCUCGGCGGCGGCGGUGGCGGCGGCGGGCGCGCCUCAGUUCUCCUCGGAGAAGGAGCUCCGCUCGGUGGUGGAGCUCAUCACGUACAUGCACACGUACUGCCUGCCCACCCGCAAGCAGGCCGGCUGGGACCGCAGGGACCGCGAGUGCCAGGGCUUCGCCCGGCGGGCCAGGCCCGAGGCCCCGCCCUCCCGGCCCGGCCCCGCCCCCGCCUGCCACAGGGCCGCCGCCCCCCGCCCCCGCCCGGCCUUCGCGCGCAGACGCGAGGUCAAAGGGCACUCUCUCCUCCGGGAGCUGCUGGAGACGGUCGACUCCUUCGACGUCAGCAAGCCUUACAGGCUCCACAGCCCCCCGUACUCCCGCUGCGGGGGGGCGGGGGCCCAGGAGGGGCGGGGGGAGCCGGUGCCCCGCCCGGGCAAACCGGAGCUCAAAGACUCCGGCCCCACGGGCCCGCGGGACGGCGGGGCCCCGGGGGCGGGCCCCGACGGGCCCAAAGCGGCCAGAGAGCCGGAGGCGGGGGACACCACCUUCUCUGUGCGCCGCUCGCGCCGCCUGGCGUCCUUCCCCGGCCGCUUCUCCAAGAGGGGCCGGGCGGGGGCGGAGCUCGUCUCCUGGCGACACGGCGCGGAGGCGGAGACCGCCCGGCGUCACCCAGCGGAGGAGGCGGUCCACGGCAGGACGCCCUGCAAGGCCGACGACCGGAAGACGGCAGCGACCGAGCCGCCCUGGAGCCUCAACGAGAAACGUGCCUGCCUCUGUCUGCCGCUGACUCCCAAAUCAACAGGAGACACACAGUUUGCCAACAAGGCCUUUGAGCAGACGCUCAGCGUGGAGCUGUGUGGCACAGCAGGGCUGACUCCUCCCACCACCCCCCCGCACAAGCCCGCCGAGGACGAGCUCUUCAAGCCGGAGGGGAAGGGGGAGUCCCCCCCCAAGGGUUUCUGGGCGUCUCGGGCGCCGGCCUCCCGGAAGCUUCCGGAGCAGACGGAGCUGUACGCCCAGCUGCGGCGGAUGGGCCAGGCCAGCGAGCGGGAGGCCAAGGGCGCGGCGCGCCGGGCGUUCGGGGACCACGACUACUGCCUGCAGGGCCUGGGGGAGAGCCGCAAGAGACCCGCCCCCUCCUGCGGGGAGGAGGAGGAGGAGGAGGAGGAGGAGGAGGAGGAGGGGAGCUGGGCGGGCGGCUGCCUGAGCGAGGAGAAGCUCUUCUCCAAGCUCCCGGAUUACCUGUGCGGCCAGGGGGGCGGGACGGCGUCCCCCCGCUCGGCGUCGCCCCAAGCCUUAUCGCCCCGCAACACGGAGGAGAGCGCAGGGUGCUCCCCGCGGCCCUCCUCCCCGAACCUCCACGCCCCCUGCACGUCCUGCUGUCUGCCCCACUCCUCCAGCAGCAAGCUCAGUUUCAGCUGUGAGAACCUGGGGACCUGCUACGGGGACAAGCUGAGGAGUAAAGUUAACGAGGACUGCCGCGUGUUCUACAUCCACAACCUGCCGAGCGGCGUCACCCAGGCGAUGCUGCGCAGACGCUUCCAGGCCUUCGGCGAGCCGGACGACUGCAAGAUCAUCACUAAGAACGACGAGCGCUGUGGCGUCAUCACCUUCCUCGGGCCCCCUAGUGGCCAGGGGCUGCGGCGCAGGCGGGACCCACCCGCGCAGAAUGCCCGGAGUGGCCCGCGGCGGUUCUGCAGGAAGCGCUACAUAGACCUGGACGAGGCAGGUCCAGGCCCGGUGAAGAGCAAGUACGACGCCCUGGAUUUCGACACCCUCCUGAAGGAGGCGCAGAGGAGCCUGCAUCGCUGAGAGGAGAGCGCCUUAUGGUCCCGGCCCUGGGACUCGCCUCAGUACCUCAACCAAGGCACCUCUCUUACUGUUUACAUUUUUAACAUUGGAAUAAGAAGCAGACCUUGUCUCUUUCAACUGAGGAUUUGAGGAGGGGGAGGGUUCCAGAACAAUAACAACUACAAAAAAAAAAGAAUCUAGAAACAAAAAGAAAAAAAUGCACUCUGAACACAGAAGCUGCUUCCCUGUGUGUUUAUGACAUCACCGCCCUGCUAAGGGAGGGCGGGGCUACGUAGCAAACCUUGCUCCUCCCACUGGCUGUUGUGAUGUGUGUGUGUGUGUGUGUUUGUGUGAGUGAGCGUGCGUGUGUUUUUUUUGUAUCCCUUGGUAACUACUGGUGGAGCUGCAAGCCACGUUCGCCAUUUAGUCGUAUAGUAUGUGACAAAAACAAAAACAAAAACGGCUUUAUCAUAGCAAAUUGUGGAUGUAAUUCUGUGUGUGCUGAAAAUGAGAAAAGUUAAAAACAACAAAAAAAUUAAUGAGAACUUAGUUUACAAGUUUAAAAGGAAAAAAAAAUCUUGUAAUUUUAGUGCUUCCUUGAUUUCAUCUAUGCACUUGUAACGAGGUAAUGUUCUUUCUUGUUUCCACCUGUGAUUGACGUGCGAUUGGCUCUCCUGCUGGCUGCUGUGGACUGUAUCUUGAGGGGCAAAUGAAACCCAGGACCAGUGUUCCCUCUUGUAGUUUCAAUUAGCAAUACUGGAUUCUGGGAGAACUACAAUUCAGUCUGGAUUUAGCCUGUAUUUUAAACUGCCUUUGAAAGCAGUGCAUCCUUUCAUAAUAAUAAUAAAAAUAAUAACUUAUUUUUACCGGAUAAUUCAGGGCCUCAGAUUAGUCAUUACAAUAAAAUGCCCAAAGGCAUUUUUCUCCUCUGGUUAUCUAAAAAGAAAACCUGCAUACCUUGGUUGAUUGGAAUGUUACAUUGUUCUGAAUGUAUAGUCCCUGCAUUUGGUUAUUACCCAGACUUCCUUGUCUGUGGUGCAUUCGCCCUGCUUCAGAGCCUCUUCCUGAAACACAUCCAGCAGCACAGGCCAGGGGGCGGAGCCUCCACAGCCCUUUUACAGUGGUACUACUUUCUCUUCUGAUUUGGCUGACUUAGAGGACACACUGCAUCCUAGAGAUGACUGCGGGUGGUGGUAAACUUGGAAUGCUAGACUGUUUCCAGAACUUCUGAGUCUAGAAUGCCCUCUGUUAGGAAUCAGAGUGGUGUCUCUACCUCGUUUACAGCCUCUCUCUCUAUCUCUCUUUCUCAUUUCCAAGCUCUUUCUUCUUGAUGGGUGAAAGACAGCUUUUUUUUUGUCUUUGCUCAUAAGCACUUGCUUUGUGGCUAAAAUCUUAACUGUGUCCGUUGUCUGUUUUUUGACUCUCAACCUUAUAACCAGGUGUAUCCAAGUGUUGUCUGUGUCUUGUGGUGUGUCGGGGUGCUGCUGUUGCUAGGGAACCAGGGGAAUUCAAACCCUGUAGUGUGGUGGGAGAGAAUACAUUUUCCCUCCCCCCCCUUUUCUGUUUUUGUUGUUUUGUUUGGUUUGUUUUCUCUUCACGAACCCGUCCCUGUAAACCCCCUCUGACUCCUCAGUUCUGCACAGUCCAGCCCUGCAUGUGGGGCCAUUUUAAACAGCCAGCUUCUCUGACUGACGUACCCUGUCUUUCCCCAUUUUCCCCCAUCCAGUUUCCUCUACAGAAAACAUACAGUCAGGUUCAUAAAUAUUUGGACAUUGACAAAGUUACUGUUAUUUUAGCUGUCUACCACAGCAUAUUGGAGUUGAAAUUCAAUAAUGAAUAUGAGCUCAGAGUGCAGACCUUCAGCUUUAAUUUGAAGGUAUUUACAAAACGGGUGAACGGUGUAGGAAUUACAGCACUUUUUAUAUGUGGUCCCCCCCUUUUUAAAGGACCAAAGGUAAUUGGACAAUUGGCUGCUCAGCUGUUCCAUGGCCAGGUGUGUGUUAUUCCCUCAUUAUUUCAUUUACAAGUAAGCAGACAAAAGGUCUAGAAUUGAUUUCAAGUGUGGCAUUUUCCUCUGGAAUCUGUUGCUGUUAACUCUCAAUAUCAACUGUAGUGGAUGACAGAAGAAUACUUUCCCUGGUGAGGAAAUACCCCUUCACAACAGUUGGCCAGAUCAAGAACACCCUCCAGGAGGUAGGUGUAUCUGUGUCAAAGUCAACAAUCAAGAGAAAACUUAAUCAGAGUAAAUACAGAGGGUUUACCACAAGAUGUAAACCAUUGGUAAGCCUCAAAAACAGGAAGACCAGAUUAUAGUUUGCCAAAAAACAUCUAAAAAAGCCUGUACAGUUCUGGAACGACAUCCUAUGGACAGAUGGGACAAAGGUCAACUUGUACCAGAAUGAUGGGAAGAGAAGAGUAUGGAGAAGGGAACUGCUCAUUAUCCAAGGCAUACCACCUCAUCUGCGAAGCAUGGUGGAGGUAGUGUUAUGGCAUGGGCGUGUAUGGCUGCCACUGGAAUUGGUUCCCUUGUAUUUAUUGACGAUGUGACUACUGACAAAAGCAGCAGGAUGAGUUGUGAAGUGUAUAGGGCUAUAUUAUCUGCUCAGAUUCUGCCAAAUGCUUCAAAACUCAUUGGACGGCGCUUCACAAUGCAGAUGGACAAUGACCCGAAGCAUACUGCGAAAGCAACCCAAGACUUUUUUAAGGCAAAGAGGUGGAAUGUUCUUCAAUGGCCAGGUCAAUCACCUGACCUGAAUGCAAUUGGGCAUGCAUUUCACUUGCUGAAGGCAAAACUGAAGGCAAAACGCCCUAAGAACAAGCAGGAACUGGCGACAGCUGCAGUAGAGGCCUGGCAGAGCAUCACCAGGGAAGAAACCCAGCGUCUGGUGAUGUAUAUGGGUUCAAGACUUCAGGCAGUGAUUGACUGCGGACGAUUUGCAACCAAGUAGUAAAAAUGACAAUUUAAUUUAUGAUUGUUAGUUUGUCCAAUUACUUUUGAGCCCCUAAAAUUGGGGGGGGGGGCUAUGUAUAAAAAUGGUUGUAAUUCCUACAUUGUUCAUACAAUAUUUUUGACGAAACCCUUAAAUUAAAGCUGAAAGUCUACACUUAAAUCACACCUUGAUUGUUUCAUUUCAAAUCCAUUGUGGUGGCGUACAGAGCCAAAAUGAUGGAAAUUGUGUCACUGUCCAAAUACUUAUGGACCUGACUGUAUACAAAUUGAAUGUUUACAUCAACGGAUUCUCCUUCUACUUUACUAGAACGCACACUAAGUACAAAGGCGCCUUAUUCAGUGUUAGGAGUACCCUAUCAGGAUGUGCCUUCCUGGCUUACCCUUGUAGGUUACUAAACUUAACUAAAAGCAAAACACAAAUAUUUAGUGUUAUACAUACUGUAAACGGAUGAGUGGUGUCAUCUAAAUCAAUAUGGAUCACAUACAGGGCUGAAUGACUAUUUGUGCUUAGUAUGUAUACUUCUAAAUAGUGAGAGAAUGUGCUGGUUUACAUGAUUUAAUCUUGUUGUAAUGGCUUAUAUAUGUGGUAUGUAUAUAGAACUAUGCCAAGAGUUAACAUGAAGUGUGUCAUGCUCUACAUCAAUUUGUAGAUUUCAGCGUGUAAAGGUGAUGGAUCAGGGUUAUAUUAAUCAAAGAGAGCAGAAAGGAAUCAUUUUGGAAAAGCAAGGGGAAAACGUUCGAUACCGAGAAUAACUGAAGGGAAUAUAAUUUUAAUAGGCUUCACAAGUCGAACACUGGUGUUAAAAAAAAAAAAAAAAUUAAUAAAAAAUUAACCCUUUACAAAUAUUAGCUUAUUUCUUUUUAUGAGUUUAUAUUUUUAGAAAGAGAUUUAGUUUUUUUUUAUUUUUAAAAAAGCAAUCAAAAUGCAAUACGUGAUCUAUAUAAAGUAGGCCUUUCGUAUGGGCGGAAGGUUACAUUUGAAAAGAUUCAGAACAGAUCUUGUACUGUAAGUUAUAGACUGCUGUAGAUACUGAAGAAAAUUAAAAUAAAAUGGGGUCAUGCCAUAUAGUUCACACCUCAAAACAAAGUUUUAAAAAAACUCAAAACAAAAAAAUAUUUAACGCCUCUUCUAAAGAGUGGGAAAUGCUUUUUUAAAAAUGAUUUCAGUCUUGGUAAAUUUUUGCCACGCGUGAUGGCAUACGAGGUUGAGUUGAUUCCUUUUGGCUUCAUUUUUAGUGGUCGCUGGUAUCUCGCGUGGUCUCUUGAGAGAACAUCGCUUUUUCAAGCUGAAGAAAACAGUUCUCGUGCUUUUCGCCUGGCUAGAGAGGUUAUGAAGUUCCAUCAGGAAACUUGAGAAUACAAAGGACAGAUGAGAAUCUCUCAAGGAAAGCCUUAAUAGUAAUAAUAAUAAUAAUAAUAGGGGGAAAGAAAGCUAUCCGUAGCUUUUAUCGGUACAGUUAAAUCUUUAAAAAACCGUAUGUUUUAUUAAUUACUGAAAUAAUUAUACUUUUUUCAAUACAGCCAUAUUAUAAACAGUAUAUACGUAUAUAUAUAAAUAUAUAUAUUUGUGUGUGUGUAGAUAGAUAUAGAUGAAUAUAUAAUUUCUUAUAGAAAACUUUGAUGUUGACCAUUUUCUUCUGUGUUUUAAGGAACUUAAACACAUUUCAAUAACUACCAUCGAUCUGCAGAGUGUAGGUCAAGAACGAAUCCAAAUCUAAAUACUUCCAAAGGGAACCCUCCUCAAAUGCAAAAUGUCUCUCCACUUUUCACUUCAGAAAUUACAAGAAACAAGUUGAGACAAGCUGACCAAAAACACCCUUUGAUUUUGGCACCAAAUAUGAGUGCCACAUAAAUCUAUUUGUGAGCAUUGCAAUCAAACUGAUUGACCCUCAUUUUAUUUUUUUGUAAUUACUACAAUGAAAUGUUCAUAAUCACAUAAAAUAAAACACAAUUUUAAGUAUUUCCCCUGUGGACACGUGGAAGGUCUUGCAAUAUUGGAAUGGCUAUUUUAUCCCAUUCCCUGCUAAUCACAGCUUUCCAAAUGUGAAUUGCUUGAAAAUGUCUGUGCUACCCUGAAGCGUGUAGCGAACACUUUCUCACACACUGGGGUACGUUUCUUAUGAUAUCUAUUGUACCCUUGUCUUUGAACCCCCUAACUGCUAGAGACUGCCAUGGUCUUGGAUACCGCGACUUACAGACCAAGUCUUUAGUUUAAACAAAAUCAACAAUGAAGGGCAUAUAUUGUUUUUCCACUUUUAUCUUUUUUUUUUUGUCUAUUUACAUCUAAUGACUAUCAAAUUCACAACCUGAUUUUCCUUUUUUAACUUUUUUUGGUAUACUGUAUUUAGUUAGUAAAAUUUUAUAUUUUUACAUAAGUUGGUUUUAUUUGGUUUUAUUUUUUUAUUUAUAUGCCACUUAGCUUGGAUGUCUUUUAAUGGUGUUCCUUCUCUGUAUCGUGUGAUUUCAUAUGUCUUGAGAUUGUGGAGACAAAAUGCAUUUCAGUAUUUUUGAAUUGUUAAAAUCUAGUUUCAUAGAUAAUUUUACCAAAAUAGCUGAAAUUAUCUGAUGUUAUAAAUUAUAUUUUAAUUCAUGUAAAUACUUUAAAAAAGAGAACUAUGGCUUCCUUUUAAACUGAAUACAUUUCUCUUGAGAGAUUGUUUACAUUAUUAAACUGUAGAAAUGUUCCUCAUAUACUGUAAAAAGUACAUAUAUUCAUUGAUUUGCCUCCAAAAAAAUAAAAAUCCUAAUGAACAACA